GCCCUUGCUUUCCUCCUGUUAGCCAUCCAUUCUACCUUCUCCAGCCACUUACGUGUGGGACUCACAUGUCAGGAUCAUCCUCAACCUCCUGUCACAUCCUCCCGUGCGUACGCCGCUGCAGCACUCCAACAUAUCCUCGGUCGCCGCGCUCCGGUAGGCCCCGCGCGUCCGUCCCCUGCGCCGUCCGCCACAGCCGCCCUCCAGCCCAGCCCCGCGAGUGCGCCGUCCGUUGCUACCGCGCUCCGGCGGCCCCGCGCGUUCAGCCCCGUGCAUCGUCGGCCGCUGUCCUCCAGUCCGGCCACGCGCAAGCGCCGUGACGCCGUCCACCGCCUCCACUGCCUCCCUCCGGUUCGGCACUUAUGGUAUAGCUUUGCUUCGUUGGGAACAAAGCACGGAGGAGAGAGAUGAGCUACCGCCACUUUCUUUUUUCAACAGAAAUUGUCAAAUUGGAGUAGGGAAAAUUAAUUAGAUGGAGGUGCACGAGCCGACCCGAUCUUCCAUGCUGUCUACGGGAGCCGCCACCAGAUGACCAGAUGUCCAUCGCCCCUCCCCAGGUAUGGCACUGUCGCUGCCCGAGGCCAGAGCCGCACCCCCAGGUUCCUCGACCGCCGCCACCUCGUGCACCGUCUGCCCCCAGUCCGCCCCCGCGCUUGUUGUUCGCCUCCGCCACACUCCGGCCGGCCCCGCAACAAGCUGACCUGCCACCGGGCAGUGAGGAGGAAAGGAGCUGCGGGAGGUUGGAGAUGAUCUUGACGUGUGGGUCCCACACGUAAGCGGCAGGAGAAGCGCCGGGAGUAAAAGGAUAAGACCAGGGGCACGGGAGUCAUUUCGUGUCACGAAUCCAGCGUGGAUGGGUGACUUGGCGCUCCACGUCGGACAAAAUGACAAAUUUGUUGCUACUUCUCUCCGGUAGCAAAUACGUGGGCGGUGUCAGCAGGUUGCACUAAUUCCUGCAGCAACCGUAUGCCCGCCUCUCGCGAAUGCGUGAAGCGUUCGAUGUUCAUGGACCGAAGCAAGAAGGGAUUCCAAUCAGAGACGCAGAGUUGAAUAUUUUAAGACUCACUUCACUUACCAGUGAGCAGGAGCACACUGAGUUCCACCGCUCCGCCGCGCAAUCUCUCUUCAUCCACGCUCGCGAGCUUUCCCCCGCCGCUCGCAACCUGACUGCGGGUCCGCGGCGAUGCAUCCCCAGGAGGCCUCAGGCGCCGCCGAGAAGGCGAUCGCGCCGUACGGGUCCUGGGCGUCGCCGAUCACCGCCGCCGCCGUCUCCGCCGCCGGGCGGACCGUCGAGGGGCUCGCCGUCGCCGGCGACGGCCGUCUCGUCUGGGUCGAGAAGCGCCCGGAGCAAGGAGGGGCCUCGGUUCUUGUGAGGGAGGCGGCGGAACCGCGCCGUCAAGCGCUGGACGUGACGCCGCAGGGAUUCGCGGUGCGGACUCUCGCCCAGGAGUACGGCGGUGGAUCUGGGGCAUUCGCCGUGCAAGGGGACACCGUCGUGUUCUCUAACUACACCGACCAGCGUCUCUACAGGCAAACCAUGGGAGAUAGCUCGCCACUACCGCUGACACCAGAUUAUGCCGGAUCAGAAGUCCGCUAUGCAGAUGGUGUCUUUGAUCCUCACUUCCAUCGUUAUGUAACUAUAAUGGAAGAUCAUCGCGACAGUAGCUCAGAUCCCGUCACAAUCACAACCAUUGCUGCUGUAAAAAUAAGUGAUCGAGAUGUUAAUGAACCAACCAUACUGGUCAGUGGCAAUGACUUUUAUGCCUUCCCACGCAUCGAUCCAUCUGAAAAACGUAUGGCAUGGAUCGAAUGGAGUAACCCGAACAUGUCAUGGGAUAAAUCACAACUAUGGGUUGGAUAUUUCUCUGAAAAAGGAGAAGUGCAUAACCGAAUUUGCAUUGCUGGUGGAGACCCAGCAUUGGUAGAAUCUCCUACUGAACCCAAGUGGUCCGCAAAAGGGGAGCUUUUCUUCAUAACAGAUCGGCAGAGUGGAUUUUGGAAUAUCUAUAAAUGGGAUGAGCAGAGCAAUGUGGUAAUUCAAUUGUAUGCUUUGGAUGCUGAAUUCUCAAAACCAAUGUGGGUUUUUGGUGCCAGCUCCUAUGCUUUCCUGGGAAAAGAUGACUCGAGUCUCAAAAUCAUUUGCUGUUACAGACAAAAUGGAAGAUCAUAUGUUGGGGUGCUUGACCCUGGUUCAGGGUCCUUUUCAACACUUGACAUUCCCUUCUCUUCUGUAACUAACAUAGUUUCAGGAGAUGAAUGCUUCUAUAUUGAAGGUGCAUCUGCUAAUCUUCCAGAAUCAAUAGCAAAGGUAACUCUGGAUGAAAAGAGGACAGUGACUGCUGAUUUCUCUCUAGUUUGGUCCUCCUCAGAGGAUGUAACAAAACAUAAAUCCUAUUUUAGCGUGCCUGAAUUUAUCAAGUUUCCUACUGUAAUUCCUGGACAGCAUGCAUAUGCUUAUUUCUAUGCUCCUUAUAAUCAUAGUUUCCAAGGUUCAUCCGAUGAAAAGCCUCCAUUAUUGGUCAGGACUCAUGGUGGACCUACCGAAGAAGCACGUGGGGUUCUGGAUCUUAAUGUGCAGUACUGGACGAGCAGAGGAUGGGCACUAGUUGAUGUCAACUAUGGGGGAAGCUCAGGCUAUGGGAGAGAAUAUCGAGAGAGGCUUUUAGGGCAAUGGGGUGUUGUUGAUGUCAAUGAUUGCUGUAGUUGUGCUACAUUCCUGGUGGAAACUGGAAGAGUAGAUGGGAAACGGCUUUGCAUAACUGGAGAAUCUGCUGGUGGAUUCACAACUUUAGCUUGCCUUGCUUUCAGACAGACAUUCAAGGCUGGUUGUUCUUUAUACGGGGCAAGUUUCCAUUGCCAUUUUUCUCCCAUUUGGCUGCAGCUUAAUCCAACUAUACUUAUUCAUGUGGGGUUGUGCUGUGUUUAUACGCAGAUUGCUGACUUAACUUCAUUGAGGGCAAGUUCGCACAAGUUCGAGGCGUGCUACACUGAUAACCUUGUUGGGAACAAACAGGCUUACUUUGAGAGAGCACCAAUAAACUUUGUUGACAAAUUUACGUGCCCACUGAUUUUGUUUCAUGGAUUGGAAGACACGGUUGUGCAACCAGAUCAGACAACGAAAAUAUACAGGGCCAUAAAGGACAAAGGCCUUCCCGUUGCUUUAGUUGAGUAUGAAGGGGAACCACAUGGUUUUCGCAAGGCUGAGAACAUCAAAUUCACCUUGGAGCAGGAGAUGAUGUUCUUCGCAAGAUUAGUGGGGAAGUUCAAGGUGGCUGAUGACAUAACACCAAUCAAGAUUGAAAACUUUGAUUAGUCCUUUGCAAACGUUUUAAACAGCAGCAAUCUGCGUACUGUGUAAUAAUCCACUGCUCAACUACAAGGCAGCUUGUGGAGCAAGUGUCCUUCCUAGCUGCGCGUGUGCCUACGUAUACGAGCAGUAAUGGAAGCAAAGCUUUGCGUAGCUUUUCCCUGAUGUUGGUUUGUUAAUUUUUCAUGUUCCACGAUUUGUUGGCAUGCGAACAGAGAAACAUCUCUAUUUAACUGUGAUUUAGUUUUGCUAACGUGAGUUGGCUGUGA